AUGGAGCGCGAUGCACAAGUCAGUGGAGCAUUCGCGUCGCUCAAAAAGACGUUGGAAGAAGGCAAGCCCGCCCCGGGCAUAUACGAUCCUUACGUUAGCCACGGUAAGUGGAGUCUUUUCUCAAGCGAAGUCUUUACGGAAUACCUGCUCUGGAACAUCGAUAAUAUGAACUUCAAAAACUUUUGCGUGAGUCAGUGGAUCGAGUUUCAUGAUCCUGAAGCAGAAGUGGACCUCAUGGACUGCCACUGUCAACGCCCGGAAACUUUUGGCACCAUCGUCGGACCCAGACAUAUCAAAGGAGAGAUCAAACCGUUUGACUGGCCGCAGGAGGCUUUACUAGAACCCAUCGUCGUGCGAACAUCGAGCCGGUGUCGGGAAGUCAAGAUGUGGUUCGCAGGAAAUGGGUACAUGAGGAUGCAAUACGAUAUGGGUAGUGUAGAUGAGCUCGCAAAUGGACAAGCGUCAACAGUGACUUGGAAUGCGAUACAAAUGACGAAGGAACACAAGGAGCGUGAACACAAAGAGUUCAUGGUCCGUAGGAAGAAGCAGGAGGAAGAAAUUCGGGUCAAACAAGCGGAAGAAAUGAGGAGACGGAAGAUAGAAGAAGAGAAAGCAAGGGAGCAAAAGAAGGAAGAUCAUACGCUUUGGGUAAAGAAGAAUCAGAGGAGACUGAAGUUGAGGCAGAAAUACGAAGAUGGCCAUAUUAAUAGUUCAGAGCUGGAGCUGAGCACCGAGGAAGAAAAUGGCGAAGGCGCCACUGAUGCGGAAGAAAGUCGCCCCUCUGCGUCCCCUGAGCCGUGGGAUUCGUCAACGGGUGAGGAGGAUUGA